UAGCAGUUGCAAAGUCACGCAAAGGACGCGAGUCGAAGUCACUUUCAUUCUAACCAAGGACUGUAAGGAUUUAUAAAUAACUUUCAGCCGAGACUAAAUUUGAUCUCCAGAAAGAGAAAUGUCAUAGAUAUUUUUGACCAGACUUGCCGAACUAAUGUUAUAGAACCGUGCCGACGAAUUCAAAACUGGAUGCGGCAUCUUCGGCAAGUGAUAAUGGAUACAACUCUGACGCAAAAAUAUCAGAACAAUGUUCGUCUCCGAUGACCGCUUCAAGGGCAUGGAAACAUUAAAUAUGGGAAAUUUAGUUUACAGUGACACACCAGAAAAUUCGACCCUCGAAAGUUGGACCACCAAUUUUUACGAGCUGGAAUGGGAAAAGGAGUUGGAUUUAGCGGCCACCUUCAUCGGUUUGGAUGUUCUCUUCGUGGCCCUGAUCUUGGUUGGGAAUGGAUCAGUCUUCUUCAUAUUAGUGAGGGUGAGACGUCUUCACACGAUCACUAAUUACUACAUCGCGUCUCUGUGUGUGUCAGAUAUAUGUGUUGGUAUCUUUGCCGUACCUAUGGAGAUUCUUGCCUAUUACAAUGAAGAAUUCAUGUCAAGUGCCUUGUGCCAAGGACUCCAGUACUUCGUCCACGUUUCCCUUGCUGCCAAUAUUUACUGCUUGAUACUAAUAGCACUAGACAGACAUCGCAACAUAGUCAAGCCGUUUCUACCAAAACUUCGCUUCCGUCAGUGCAUUGUCAACAUCCUGUUGGUGUGGUUUGUCUCCAUCGUACAGGGAUGGAGCGCUGUCGUCCUCUACCGUGUAGAGGUCAGAGAACACGUCUACCAUGGGCAACUGGUAAUGCGGCACGAAUGCACAAUCGCCGAGGAUCAGGGAGAGACGUAUUUAUUUGUGAUAUGGUUCAACUUUCUGACGAUUUAUGUUAUUCCGUUAGGAAUUAUCACAGGGUUGUAUUCGAAGAUAUUCUCGGCAUUUUACCUAUCGCGCGUGCGUGUUGGGACAACGGCGCAGGGAAAUGAUCAGCGGAGAAAGCGAGUAGUACGCAUGCUCGCAAGUAUAGUUAUGGUGCUUGCCGUUUGCCAGUUCCCGCUUCACGUCUGGAAAAUCUAUGUUUUCGCGGGAGGCGGAGCAUUCGAAGGAUAUCUGGUCUUACGUCAGGUUUUUGGUGUAAUUUCCUUUUCAAAUUCGUGGUUAAAUGUAGUGAUUUACGUGUCUUUAAACGAAGGUUUUCGUAGGGCGUACAGAGAUAUAUUUGGGUGCAGACGACCAAGUGGUGUAGACGAAGAGAGAUCGCGAUGGGUAUCGGGCAUUCCCUCGGCUUCCAGCUUCCGUCCCUCUAUAAAUUCUGUCAUGUUCCCUUCGCCUAAAAACGCCGACGGAAGUUCGGGGAGUAAGUCGUCUGUUUCGGCUUUUAGCAGGAAUCUUUCCGUUCAUAGCCAUGUCAGCAACCACAGUCACUUGUCGGUUAACAGUUUAAACCGUCAGAACCACAAUAAUCUAUCAGUUUCGACGGCAGAACUCCCAAAUGGUCAUUUGGAUUCAAGCGUAUGACCAGGGCCUCAGCGCUUCUUUCCACAGAUCAUUGCCUGCUAACUGCUUCUAGUGAGUUUCCGCAUCGCUCACGAACAACGAUAACGAAUUACGAAUUCUUUAUAAACGAACAGAAUACACAGGAUUCAUCUCCGUAAAUCAUAUUUCGUGAGUGAUGCAGAAAUUCGGUUUGAACACCAACCAAAAGCGGUUAUGGUUGCCUAUGACCACUGCCAACAGAACAAGGCACGGUGCUUCAUGCUGUGGCUUGCAUAGGCCUGAUAUGAGUUUCUGCCGGCGUUUGACUGGUUUUCAUAUUUGGGUGUUGAAGAAGGGAAUUGCUGUACACGGAGAUAACCACUUAAGUUCCUAUUCCUCAGAGUUCACAACCAGUACAUGUAUAUGCCUUUUA